AUGCUAUCAUUCGUAUUGCCUUUCCCGCUAGAUCCCGUCGUCGAACUACCGUAUGCUAAUGCUCGUUCCACGGAACCUAUGGGAACAGUUCACUGCGUUACUAAUACUGCUGCUGCUGUAUUGGCAUCGAAUCUCACAAAGUGUAAAAAGGGAACUCCUCGACUUGUCCUCACUCCCAUGGCUCGAACUCUGUACAAUAAAUAUGCCACUCCCCAACGCAAAUUAUCUUGCAGGGUUACCCGCACACCAAUCUUAACUGAUGCUAAGAGGUGGCCUCACCGGUACAUACUACCGGUACUCACAGCUGGUAUGCUAUUCUACCGGCUCCUUCGCCGCGGUGAAUAUCGGCAGGUACAGCCCGCAGAGAGAAUGGCAACGCUGGCACAGGCAAUGGUGGAGGCUCACAGUUCCACCGACUGCAGAAGUUUGGCCCAUUCUCCAAGCAAACUGCCUGUCCCAGGGAAUAUCAGGGCUCCGUUCUUCGUUCGCGGCAUGCUGUCGAAUAUCUUAGGGGGAGAAAACUCGCCAAAUUCGAUGAUCAGUCCCUUCGAAUUUGGUCGAGCCGACUCAACCCCUGGGUGUCGCAACCCGAGUCCUGGCAACUCGACCGAGGCGGACACCAUAGAACUGACAUUUGGACCGUAUCCCUCCGACAAGCCUGCUAGUUUGCAUUCCCGAAAUAACAGAGCGUUGGCUGAGCUCAGGGCACGUGGUUCCGACGUCACGGUGGCCGAUGAGUACUCAAUGUGUCUGUCUGGCAGCUCUGAUCGUCUCCUGUGUAGGCUGAGUCUGUGCCCAAUGAUCUCUCGUGACUACAGGACCGAACUUCACAAUAGAGUCAAUAAGCGCUUGUGCCGAGCGGUCGUGAGAAGGAAAGCUGCAGUCGACAACGAGCAAAGAUCUUGGAGUGGGCACCCCGCGGCUGGUCAGGCCACUCUCGUCCGACCAUGUUUGGAACUCAUCCCUUGGGAGAACAUUACAGCCGGCUCGAUCAUAUACCUGAGCAGAGGAGAGGAAGUUCCGGCUGACAUGCUGCUGAUAACCUCUAGCGAUCCGGACGAAAUGGUGUAUGUUGAAACGAGUCAACUCGAUGGGGAAUCUGCGUUGAAAGUGAAGCAAGCUCUCCCUGAAGCACGGCGAAUGUUCCGUUCUAUCUCGUUAGCUUCCGAGUGUGUCGGAUCGGUAAAAUGCGAUGCUCCAAAUAAUCUCAUCGACGAGUUCAACGGCAUUUUCCGACUUAGUGGUGGACACAGGGAACCUGCUGAUGCCAAGAAUCUGGUACUUCGAGGAGCGUCGAUUAGAAACACGGCGUGGUGUUGCGGAGUCGUUACUUAUGUGGGCAAAGACACCAAGUUGGCUAUGAACAUGACGGCAAACGCCCCAAUAAAGAGAUCUAAAGUGGAGCUCCCUAUUAACAGAUACCUCGGCUUCGUCCUUGGGCUCAUUCUGAUAUUAGCAUUGGGGCUAACGAUCGCCUUCACCGGUACAUCCAGGUCGCGAGACAAGUUCGAGUUAUUCGUGGGCAUAGACACUAAUACCGUAGCUUGGGGACACCAAUUUCUGACAUUCCUCCUCUUAUUCAACAAUAUGAUUCCAAUAUCAUUGUACGUUACCGUGGACAUCGUGAGGUCGAUACAGGCAUAUAUCAUUCAGCGUGACUCCCGCAUGCGGGACGGCAAGCCUUCGAUCAUCGUGGGAACAUCAGGCCUAAACGAUGACCUUGGCCGAGUUGAUUAUGUUCUGGCUGACAAGACCGGAACCUUGACAGAGAACCGCAUGACGUUCAGAAUGUGCAGUAUCGGCGGCAUACAGUAUGGGGGUGACGAGAUGGGAUACACCACUGAGAGUGUGAACUCUGCCACUCUGUACGCAUUAUGGAGCAGUGAAGUGCUUCCCAACGCCGCAGAGAACUGCUCACGUGAUGCAGCGUUGCUAGAGUAUCUGGGAGUACCGGCCAUCACAAGUCCCCAGGAGGCUUUCGUGCAUCUUUUCAUGUUGACAUGUGCGAUAUGCAAUACUGUCAUACCCGAGGCGUCGACUAAAUCUCCGCUCGGAGUCCGUUUUGAAGGCACUAGCCCAGAUGAGGAAGCGUUGGUGGAAAUGGCGGCGAGCUCAGGAUACAUUCUCACUUCCCGAACUGCGAACUACGUGACAUUGAAGAUAUUACGGUCUAUCCCCGGACGAGAGGAGUCGCAGUGGCAGGAUACUACAUUCAAAAUUCUUGGUGUCAAUGAGUAUACUUGCGAGCGCAAGCGCAUGAGUGUUCUCGUCCAAGCGUUGAAGACUGAUGAUGGCGGCACAGGUCAUAUUCUCGAUAGUACGGGGUCUAUGCUGCUGGCUAAAGGUGCAGACGACGUGAUGCUCGAACUUUGCCAGAGAGGCGCUGGAGACGGUACAUCGCUAGCCUUAUGUGGGAUACCCGUGCGCGGCGUGCGAGCUGAGACGGUUUCCGACAUCAAUGAUUUCGCGUCAGCCGGCAAUCGAACGCUCAUGCUAGCGAUGCGGUUUCUUGACGAAGUCGAGACCUCAGAGUAUCUGGGAGCCUUGAAUGAAGCGAGGCACGCUAUAACAAAUCGAGCAGAUCGGUUUGUCCGUGUAGCCGAGAAGUUCGAGAAGAACCUUAUCGUGCUUGGAGCCACAGCUGUGGAAGAUAAGUUACAACGCGGCGUCAGUACAACGAUUUCGCGACUUCUGAGUGCUGGUGUCAAGGUUUGGAUGCUCACGGGAGAUCGGUAUGAGACGUCCUUGAACAUUGCUCGAGCUUCUGAACUUUUGCCUCUGGAUGCUCUUUUGUCGGACCUCCGCCGUGAAUGCGAGACGAAAAUGACGAGUGAAGAAUCGGAUGCCUUUGUACGCGAAAAACAGAAGGCAUUCGAAAGGGAUUAUCUGCAGUGGGUGGCCCAUGGGAAAACGAAGCACCUUUGCGUCGUACUGGACGGCUCUGCUAUAUCCUGCUUCUCAACAUCUAGAGAAAAUUUGGGAAUUCUUGCCAAUGUAAUCUCGAACGCUAAAACGGUGCUAGCAUGCCGCAGUUCACCAUCACAGAAGGCGCUGAUUACUCGGCUGCUGAAAGAAGCAAAUGAUCGUAUCAUCUUGAGUAUAGGCGAUGGAGCGAAUGAUGUUCCUAUGCUACAGAUGGCUCAUAUCGGCAUUGGAGUUAUUGGUAGCGAGGGAAUGCAGGCAGUGAGAGCCUCAGACUACGCCGUGGCAACAUUCUCUCACCUUGGGGAGCUGAUGUUAGUCCAUGGUCGAGACUGCUACAACCGCAUCACGCUCGUUAUACUGUAUUCCUUUUUCAAGAAUAUCUGCCUGGUACUGCCCACUGUAUUCUUCGCAUUCAGCAAUGCGUUCACGGGCACCUCUCUGUACGAAUCCUGGAUCCUGAUGUCCUACAAUGUUCUCUGGACCUCCCUCCCUAUCAUAGUCCUCGGCGCUUUGGACAUCACUUUCCCACGUUGGGUCGUCGCGAGAUAUCCCAUUGUGUAUCGUGAAGGGAGACAAUCCAUCUCAUUCAAUGCGAGAAAGUUCCUCGGGUGGACUUUGAGAGCCAUCUUUUAUGCUGCAAUAGUCUAUUUCUCUAUCGCUAUAGGAAUGAGCUACUCUUCAGCUCUCGCUUCCAACGGAGGCGUGAUGGAUCAUGCCAGCAUGGGCACUCUUGUUUACUACUCUGUAGUGGUUGCCGUUAAUGUCAUAUUGGUCAUUUUCUCCAAUCAUCUCUCCUCUCUCUUCGUACUACUCUGUUUCGCUUCCAUCAGCACGUUCUUACCAUGCCUUUUCCUCUAUUCUCGUUUUGGUCGUCCAUGGUCAGCAGCAGCCAAUGUGGCUGGGAUGCUCUGGGAAGGGUCUCUCAUCAACUGGUUAAUUCCCGUCUUUGUGGUUGGCGUCUGCAUCUCCUUGAGUGUACUUGAGAGAUUUCUCGCCUAUUCGAGGGCCGCGGCCACCCCGGUACAGAAGCUCCAACGGUGGCUGGCGGCUGCCCCUCGUCAAUGGGUCAAACGCGGGUUGCCAUACCUCGCAUCGAAGCUCAAGGAAACCUUCGCCUGCAAGGGAGAGCCUCUCGAGUUUUCCUUGAGCGAAGAUCUGGAGGACCAAACCUUGGAAGAAAGAGGUGCACUUCGUUACAAACCCCGAGCACUGGGUGUCCAACGACUGCUUGAACUACUGCCAGCUGCUGGAUUAUCUCCCGAUGGUGCUCGGAACCACACUGGUGUGCCUAGUGCUAGGUUACGAGAUUGA